AUGUUUAAACAUGCUGGCACCUCAGAAAACAAAGCCUUGAUCGAAGUCAAUAUCCAUCAACUCAAUAUCAAUAUAUCAGUUCCAAACUGUGAAGUUAUGAUAGUGUUCCAAAGAGGAGACAGAAAAGCUCAAACACAACCAGUCUCAUUGGUAAACAAAUGUGCCAGAAUCGAGCAAAUCCUGAGGAUCCCUGCCACUCUCUAUUAUGAUGUCAAACAGAAGGAAUACCAAAAGAAAAUGGGCACCUUGAUUGUCCUCGUCAAAUAUGAAAAGGGAAUGAAAAAUGCAGGUCAAAUCGAUAUUGAUUUCUCCUCCUACCUAAAUUAGAAAAAGGGCAAAAUCGAUGAGAUCUCACCCCUUGCUAAAUGUCCUGACUCUAAUGCAACCCUUUCAUAUACGAUCAACUUCUUGAGUCAAGAAUAGAGAUCCAAGACUCCUGAAGCCAACAUCAAUAAUAGUAUUCUAAUCUCUAAACACAGUUAGGGAAGAUCAAUCCAAGGCCCAAAUUACCUAAUUGGACUUGUAAAACAAGCAGUUGAAGGAGGACAAUAUUCGAUUACAAGAUGAAGUCGAUCAAUUGAAAGCUUAAAAUAAAUAAUAAUAGAUCUACAUACAAUAACUAUAAAAUUAAAUCAAAUAAACUCAGGAGGGAUUACUAAAACAGAAUACUUCGAAACCCAAUUAUGAAACACCAACUGCGUAACCUGAAGAAUGCCAGAAGUGCUAUGAAUUUCAAUUAGAAUUAGGUAUGUAUUAUCGUAUUUACAUCUAAGAGUUAUUAAAAAAAUAAAAAUCCGCUAAGUAGCUUCCCUGUGAGAAAUGUGCAAAUUUAGAGCUGUAAAUCGAAUCACUCAAAAAGCAAUAUUCCCAAGGGUCAAAGAAGGAGAGUUCUGAUUAAAAAGUUGAAUUGUUAAAUGAAGCCAACACUCAUUUAAAAGAGCAAUUGUAUGAGCUUGAACAACAGGCUGCCAAAAUAAGAAAGGAAAAUCAGGAUCUCAAAAACAAACUAAAUAUUUAAAACCAAUAAUUAAUAGACUGCAGAGAGAGAAUAUAAGAGUUAGAAAAUAAUGAUGAAGAUGAUAAACGCAUUGCAGAAUACUAAAAACUAAUAGAAAAAUCAAAUGAUGAUCUGUUGGAAAUCUAAUAAAAAUUGUUCUCAUUUUAAACUGAAUGUGAUUAGCUCCAAAGAGAAAAGAAUGAAUACGAGCAAUAGCUUGAGAUUUUGUCUAAAAAAUAUGAUUCUUUAGGUAAUACGUUAUUAAAUAAUAUAUAGAAUUAUAACUAUUCUAAUAAAAAUAAAGAUAUGCUAAUGCGAUGCAUGCAUUCCUUAGUUUGGGUGAUACAAAUGCAAUUGAAGUGCUUGAACAGUUUAGUGGCGAUUGA